GCUAAAAGUGCGGCGAGGUGUGAGGGGUGGGGGGCAUGUGAGUUAGCGCUGCGCGGCUGAAACCCGGCGAGCGAGCGAGCACGUUGUCAAAGUGCUUCUCUUUCACUCAUCUAAAAGAAUACUUUUUGUACAAAAGCACCUAAAGCCUGAGACAAUCGACCUCUGCAAGUACCGAAGAAGAAGAAAUGGUGAUGGAGAAGCCAAGUGCCCAGCUGGUCGGGCGAGAGUUUGUCCGACAGUACUACACACUCCUCAACCAGGCGCCCGACUACCUGCACAGGUUCUAUGGCAAAAACUCUUCGUACGUCCACGGCGGGCUGGACACGAGUGGAAAGCCUCUGGAGGCCGUCUACGGGCAGUCGGACAUCCACAAGCGCGUGAUGGCGCUGAGCUUCCGCGACUGCCACACCAAGAUCCGUCACGUGGACGCGCACGCCACCCUGAAUGAGGGAGUCGUGGUCCAGGUCAUGGGGGAGCUCUCCAACAACAUGCAGCCCAUGAGGAAGUUCAUGCAGACCUUCGUGCUCGCUCCGGAGGGUACAGUGGCCAACAAGUUUUACGUGCACAACGACGUCUUUCGCUACCAGGAUGAAGUCUUUGCGGAUUCGGACUCGGAACCACCUGAAGAGUCCGAGGACGAGGUGGAGGAGCUCGAGGAGCGCGUUCCCUCUCCGGACGCCCUGGCCGAAGAGUCCGUCCCUGCUUUCUACCAACCUGCGUCCAUUGCGGAAGCAUCACACCCCGCCGAUGAGGAGGAAGCGGCGGCAGCGGUGAGCCCAGAGCCGGAACCCCAAGCGGAGAAGGAAACCGAGGUCGUUGACACGGCGGAGCUGAAGGACGUCGCGGGCGCCGCCCCCGAGACGCAAAAUGAAGCACGCGCGCACUCGGGCAACGAGCAGGCAGACAAGAGCGCCGAUGCCACGGCGGAACCCGCCGAAACGGCGCCCGCCGCGCCGGAGGAGAACCGGCCCUUCUCGUGGGCGUCGGUGACCAGUAAGAACCUGCCGCCCAGCGGGGCCGUCCCCGUGUCGGGCAUCCCGCCACAUGUCGUCAAAGUCGCCCCCACCGCCCCAGUGCGCGCCGACGUCAAGUCAGAGACUCAAUCAGCGUCACAGAGACCUCCACAGCGGGACCCCCGACCGCGAGAGCAACGACCGGGUGCCCCUCCCCCCGCGCACAGAGGACCACGCCCGAUUCGGGAGGGCGAGCAAGGUGAGGUGGAAGUCCGGCGGAUGGUGCGUUACCCCGACGCCCAUCAGCUGUUUGUGGGGAACGUACCGCACGCCGUAGACAAGAGCGAACUCAAGGAGUUCUUUGAACAGUACGGCACGGUUCUGGAAUUGCGGAUCAACAGCGGAGGCAAACUUCCCAACUUCGGCUUUGUGGUGUUUGACGACUCUGAUCCGGUUCAGAAGAUCCUGAGCAGUCGGCCCAUCAAGCUUCGCGGCGAAGUGCGUCUCAACGUGGAGGAGAAGAAGACUCGUUCGGCCCGGGAAGGCGAGCGGCGGGACGUGCGGCCUCGGGGGCCUGGAGGACUCGGAGGUCCACGUGAGCGCAUCGGCGGUGGCCCUCCCAGGGGCCCGCCCGGCAUGGCCCGCGGGGGAGCCGCCCAGAAGCCCAGCUUCGGUUCCGGCCGCGGCGCUCCCCCCAGUGAGGGGCGCUACUCAGCGCAGCGCCCAUGAGGCGAGAGGCUGCGACGUCUUGACGAUUGGACUUGACCAAAUUGACAGUGAAGCGUCCUUCAUGUCUUUGGAUUUCAGUUUAGUUUGCAGAUUUUGGUCGCGUCACUGUCCCGCCCUCCCGGAUGUGUCCUGUCUUGUGUGUGUAUUUGUUUAUUCCUCCCCCUUUUCCCCUCCAAAGCGGACUGGAAGUGGGAAGUGGACUUGAAUCUCCCGCCUGUUCUGUUCCUUAAAGGAACGCUCAUUUUAGCGAGCUUGGCGCAUCCAGCUAAGCCCGCCCACCACGCAACUAAAUUAAAGUCAGUUUCUCUUUUAAAAA